AUGCUGGUGGAGCUGUUUGAUUAUGUGUGGGGGACUGUCCUGUGGCAGCUGUACAACCUGACAGGCGACGCGACCUGGCGGGGCGCCGCGCAGAACUGGACGCGCGGGCUGGCCAACAUGCAGCGCGAGUGGGCGCUGCAGCACGACUUUGGCUUUGUCUACCUGCCGUCUUUCUACGAGGAGUUCCAAGCCACCGGCUCGGAGGCGGCCCGGCGGCAGCUGCUGGCGGCCGCCGAGGCGUCUGCGUGGGCGUUCAACCCGAAGACUGGGUCCCUGCGCACCUUUGAGGGUUGGGAGCCGCCGGGGGGGACGUCGCUGAACAAGCAGGUGGUAAUCAUCGACUUCAUGAUGAACAUCGAACUACUCAUGGUGGGCGCCGCCCUGGGCGGCCCCCGCAGCUGGCUCGACGCCGGCCCCCAAGACUGGGUGGACAUGGCCGUGUCUCACGCCCGCCAGGUGGCUAAGAACCACAUCCGGCCGGACAACUCCACCUACCACGUUGUCGAGUGA